GUAACGUUACGGUUCGGGGAUUGGUUGGCUACUCUCGCGAUACCUUACCGUGACUGUGUGUCAGCCAAUCGUGUGCGAGCAGGAGUAUUGCGCUUCCGGUCAUGGCGGCCCGGGGCCGCGGUCAGUUACCAGAAAAUGCAGAGGACUCAGCUCAUGGGAUUCACAAGAAGAAACACAAAAAGCACAAGAAGCACAAGAAGAAACAUCACCAGGAGGGGGCGCCCCUGGGGCUUUGGCCUGAUAGCACCCCAAAACAACAAACCAAGCCGCAACUCAAGCUGAAGAUCAAACUAGGGGGGCAGGUCUUGGGCACCAAAAGUGUCCCCACGUUUACCGUCAUUCCAGAAGCGCAACAGUCGCCGUCGCCCCUCAUGGUCGUGGAUGAGGAAGAGGAGGCACUGGAGGGGGUGCCCAUAGAGCAGUACCGCGCGUGGCUGGAUGAAGACAGUAACCUGGACCCAAUGCCGUCCCCCAGUGGCGCUGCGGUGCCCCCCCAGGAUGAGGAGAGUCGCUGGCUGGAGGCGCUAGAGAGAGGGGAACUGGAUGUGAAUGGAGAUCUCAAGCGGGAGACGGAUGAGACUCUGUUAACUGCACGGCAGAAAGCCCUCCUGCAGAAGCAGCAGAUGCCGGCCCUCCCGCUCUUCCCCCCGGCAGCGUACCCCGGCCCCCCGCUCUCGGAGGAGAUGCUGGUGAAGAGGGAGGAGAAGGCGAGGAAGCGUAGGCUGCAGGCAGCUAAGAAAGCCGAGGAGAGUAAGAAACAGACCAUCGAGCGACUCACCAAGACCUCCAAGUCCCGCGGCGCUAAAGCCCCCCGAGAGAGGCGAGGCCGCCAGCCCCCCUGCCCUAUGAUCCGCUACCAGAACAGCGCUCAUACCAUUUCAGUCUCUUUCCCUACGGGGGUGCCUUGCCCCGCCCCCACUGAGCCCCUCCCAGCACUCCCUGCACCCACCCUCUGCGGGGUCCCAGGCUGCGGAAACCCCAAAAAGUACUCCUGUUCUCAGACCCACGUGCCCCUCUGUAGCUUGGAAUGUUACCGCAGGAAUCGGCAGUGCUGCCCCCCGCAGGGCACAACAGACAGCGGCGGCCCCCCAACACCCAAAGGGCCAGACCACUUGGUUAUGGGGCAGAUCUAAGGACUCCAGCCAUUGGUGGGAUGUGCCAGCCUGGCACUGAAAGGGUGAGCAGAGGUAGCCAUUGGGCUUCACAGUACGGUGCCCCUCUCUUCCCAUAUGGGGUUUUAUAGGGGGGAUGAGUAAGUAUAGAAGCCGUUACCCAUAAUUCUGCUCUGCAGAAGGCAGAAAGCGCACCAAUCACAUCAGGUGAGUUUCCCUACCAUAAUUACCCAGCCUCCUUUGUACCAUGUUGCUAGGAAACAAGGUGGCAGCACGUAGACCACCCAUCAAGUUUCACUGAGAUGCAGGCACUAGUUGGGACAUUGGUUGCUAGGGGCUCUAGCCCUAGUUACCAGGCAGUGCUCUCAUAGGUGGUUAGGGGAGGAGCUGGAUAGAGCAGAAAGCUAAGCCAUGAAUGCUACAUGCAGUAGAAAUCCAGCGUAUCCCCCGCCCCCCCAGAACCUAGACAGCACCCCCACAUUCCCAUGAUGUCCAGGUGCAGUAACCCAUAGCAACCAAACUUCUUGCCUCCUGUUACAUAAUAAAUGGAUAAAGUGUCAGUAUUUCAAUAGA